UCCCACCAACGCCACUCCUGUGUCCCCCGAGCUUGUGCUCACACUGUCCCGGGGCGGCGGGCGGACGCGGUUAGGGGCCGGACCCUGCGAUCUGUCCGGGUCACCGCCCUCCCGGCCUGCCCUCCUGGCCAGUCCACCCUAGGGGAGCCUGGGGACAGGACGUGGGACACCUGAGCCGGGCCGGGGAGCUCGGGGCCCUUCCCCGCCCAAGGCUCGGAUGGGUGGUGGCGGGAGGAGAGACCUGGGAUGUUCAGUCUGAUGGCCAACUGCUGCAACUUGUUCAAGCGGUGGCGGGAGCCUGUCAGAAAGGUGACUCUUGUGAUGGUCGGACUUGAUAAUGCUGGUAAAACAGCCACAGCAAAGGGAAUCCAAGGAGAGCAUCCUGAAGAUGUAGCUCCCACUGUUGGAUUUUCUAAAAUUGAUCUUAGACAAGGGAAGUUUGAAGUUACCAUCUUUGACUUAGGAGGUGGAAAAAGAAUUCGGGGAAUUUGGAAGAAUUACUAUGCUGAGUCCUAUGGGGUAAUAUUUGUUGUGGAUUCCAGUGAUGAAGAGAGGAUGGAAGAAACAAAAGAGACAAUGUCAGAAGUGCUAAGACAUCCUAGGAUAUCAGGAAAGCCUAUAUUGGUGUUGGCAAACAAGCAGGACAAGGAAGGGGCUUUAGGAGAAGCUGAUGUGAUCGAGUGCCUCUCUCUGGAAAAGCUGGUCAAUGAGCACAAGUGCCUGUGUCAGAUAGAACCUUGUUCAGCAGUCUUGGGAUAUGGAAAGAAAAUUGACAAGUCCAUUAAGAAGGGGCUUUAUUGGCUACUGCAUAUCAUUGCAAAAGACUUUGAUGCCUUAAGUGAACGCAUCCAGAAAGAUACAACUGAACAGCGAGCUCUUGAGGAACAAGAGAAACGAGAGAGAGCUGAGCGGGUACGGAAAUUACGAGAAGAAAGAGAACGAGAGCAAACUGAACUGUAUGGGAGCAGUGUUCUGGCUGAGAUGGACUCGGGGCCAGUUCUUGCUAAUCCGUUCCAGCCCAUAGCAGCUGUAAUCAUUGAGAAUGAAAAAAAGCAAGAACAAGAGAAAAAGAAGCAGACUGUGGAGAAAGACAGUGAUGCUUGCCUCCCAGAACAUAAAGCAGAACAGGAGCAAGUAGAGUCACAGAACCAGCCUGGUGGCUGCCACAGAAGCAGUGGCGGUGGAGUGGGAGAGAGCUACAAGGAGGCCGUGUCACAGCAACUGGACAAUGACGAUGAGCGGUCCACAGAGUCAGAUAACAGUAAAAAGAAAACUAAGAAACUAAGAAUGAAAAGGAGUCAUCGGGUAGAACCUGUCAAUACGGAUGAAUCUGCUCCUAAGAGCCCCACCCCAGCCCCACCUCCCCCUCCUGUUGGCUGGGGAACCCCCAAAGUCACUAGACUUCCAAAGCUUGAGCCUCUUGGUGAAACACGUCAUAAUGAUUUCUAUGGGAAGCCGCUUCCUCCACUGACUCUGCGACAGAGACCUAAUGGUGAUGCUCCGGACAUGAUCUCAUAGCCAAGUCAGAUGGCUUGUUCCUUUUAAUAUCAGCAAGGUGAAAGAGAUCUAUCCUCACAGCAGAAAAGCCCUGAACGCUGAUGACUGCGGCAAGGCAACCAUGAUACCAGGGAGGCAACAAUACCCAAGAUCGUGGCCUGAUAAUUCACUUCUCCAUGUUCUAUGGCUAAAGUAUAAAGGAAACAAAAUGACAGUAGCUGACACGAGCGCUUGGCCAAGUUAGCAAAUCAUAGUAUUGAUUCAUUGGUUUACAUAUCCCUACUCCUGGACAAACUCCUGAAGAAAAACCUCCUCAGAAAUGGAGCCAAUGGAAUGGACUCUCCAUACCCGAUUAUUUAAAUAGUCUGUAUUUCUAUGCAUUAAACAUGUUUUAUAAGGCACAUGUACAUGAAAGGGGAAUUCCUAGAAAUUUAUAACCUAAAUUUUAACUAUUUUUAUAUUUUUUUCUAAAACGUUUGUUUAAGUUUGCUAUUCUAUUGACUGAGCACUUUUGUACAGAUGCUUUGUUUAAACUGCCUGGAUAGGACAUUGAUUUACUUGACAGACAUGAAGUGUACAAUCAGGAUAUGUUUAAAUAGCUUGAGGUAUGUUUUGUUAUAACAUUGUUUUUUAAAUGUACACUGUAUUUUGAGUCAUUUUUAAAAUAGUUACUAUCUUACAAAGCAAGUUUCUCAAAUCUUUAUCCUACCAAGUUACAUGAUUUGAAAGUGGUACCCAAGGAGUUCUGUUGUCACUGUUUGUUUUCCUUGGUGAUGACAUCAAUGUGAUGAAAUGUAAUAUAGCCUUUAAAAAAAUUAAGUUUGUUUAAAUUAGUAAAAAUGUGUGUCCUAUGAGACAUUAUUCAAAAUCCUAAUAGACCCACUAAACUCCUGGAUACUUUGAGAGCUCAGGUGCCCUCUGCUAUGCUACUGGGUUCUGUUAACAGCUUCGUUGGCUGCUUCAGGUUGUUUCACUUCUUCCAUGCCUCAAAAUUAAAGGUAAAGAGGCUGUAAGGGCUGCUGCAGGUCUAAACAAGGAACUAAUCCUAACAUGACCUUCUUAAUUUAAAGUGAUAGCACUUGUUUUGCUCUUGAGGGCCAUUCAUAUGGCUCUCU